GGCUUUUAUCAGAAAACACUGUAAUAAAAACUCAGGGGAACGCAGCUGGUCACAAGGAUUGAUAGAAAUGGCAGAGGCUAACGGCAGCAGCAAGCCGGUUUUCCUGAUUUUUGGCAAGUCGGGAUGGAUUGGUGGCCUUCUCCAAGAGGUGCUGAAGGAGCAGGGAGCGGAAUUCCACCUCGCCGAUGCAAGGCUGGAGGACCGUGCGGCAAUCCUUGCGGACAUCGAAAAGUACAAGCCAACCCAUGUGCUGAGCGCGGCUGGUGUUACUGGGCGGCCCAAUGUCGACUGGUGCGAAUCGCACAAGGUUGAGACGAUUCGUGCCAACGUCGUCGGCUGCCUCAACCUUGCGGAUGUGUGCAAUUCGCACGGUCUGCACAUGACGUACUACGGCACCGGGUGCAUUUUCCACUACGACGAAGACUUCCCGGUGAACAGUGGCAAGGGCUUCAAGGAGAGCGACAAGCCCAACUUCACAGGGUCAUACUACUCUUACACCAAGGCAAUUGUGGAGAGCCUGUUGAAGGAGUACCCCAACGUCCUCACCCUGCGUGUUCGCAUGCCCAUCGUGCCCGAUCUAACCUACCCUCGGAACUUCAUCACAAAGAUUAUCAAAUACGACAAGGUCAUCAACAUCCCCAACUCGAUGACUGUGCUUCCAGAGCUGCUGCCGAUGUCUAUUGAGAUGGCGAAGCGCGGACUAACAGGCAUCAUGAACUUCACGAACCCUGGAGCCAUCAGCCAUAACGAGAUCUUGGAGCUGUACAAGGAGUACAUCGACCCCGAGUUUACAUGGGCCAACUUUACUGUGGAAGAGCAGGCCAAGGUCAUCGUUGCACCGCGCUCUAACAACCUUUUGGACACGGCGCGGAUUCAAGGCGAGUUUCCGGAGAUCCUGCCGAUUCGCGAGUCGCUCAUCAAGUAUGUCUUCGAGCCGGCGGCACAGAAGAAGGAGGAGGUGUGCAAGGCGGUUCGCGAGAUGCGCGGCCGGUAAUACAACUGUAGUGAGGCACGAGAUGGUGCACUUGCAUCCGUCGUUUAAUACCAGUCGAGGACUGCCGGAUAUGGCUACGGACUCUCUGGCUACAUUCAAGUGCGGCCUUGCGUCUGCAUCGCCAUUUGCCAUCGCUGGACCCCAUCCCGGCGCCUCUCUGUCCAAGCUUCUUCUUGUACCCAAGUGGCCAAAGCUUUGGUGUUCAUGUCAUUUUGCGGCGUGCGUGUCUGCUAGGAGAAACGUCCUUGGCUGUGCAUGGCUUUCUACUCUCCCUGCUGCCGAGCGUGCGAUAUGGAAGAUAUUGUUGGUGUGACUUGUAAACGCAGCGGUGUAUGGGCGUGUUGUUAUAAGCGUGCGCGAAGCAUUGAGCUAAUGAAGAAGCUGAUUUUGAGGGUCGUGGCCAUACGGGGUUAGGCCAUGGGUUUUGGGAAGGUGGAAUGUGUCGACAGUCUACAGUUAAGUCUACAGUGAAGGGGUAUGGUAAAUCCUAACCUACCCCCAAACUGAUGUUUUCGUUUCGGGUCCAGAGGUGCCUUUGUCAGAGGACAGGAUGUUGCGAUAUGGAAUGUCAAUAUAAUCCUGCUCCUCACUAUGGGACCUUGUCAUAUGCUAGUUGAAAUGCAGGAACCAUGCUCGGGGACCAGUGCACAAUUAACCUGGUACCAUAUGUAAGCAGGUGACACCUGUUUUCCAAGGGUUCCAAUUUUACAUGCGGUGAGCGUUUUCCUUUCCGGACCAGGGUGUGGUCGCAUGUCGUCAUGCUGUACGGCGCUUUUGCCCGCCUGUAAGUCACACUUGAAU